AUGACUUCCGACCUCAGAAAGGUUGACAUUACGACUGUUACCAAUGUUUUAGAAGACCCUAAUUCGUUGAUCGUGAAGGCUUUCAACAAUGAAACAUGGCCCACCAAAGAUAUAUUUCAACGGAAGCUCAUAACGGUAAACAGACCGUUGUUAUUCCAAGUGUGCAUGAUAGAGAAUAUUUCGCGGUCCAAGUUGACGCAGGUGGACGAAUUGCAAGUGGUUAUUGACCCAAGAAGACAGAAAGUGGAUAGGCUAAGUACGUCACGUGACCGUCAACAACUCAUUUCGGAGGUGAACUUGGAUGAUGACGAUGACGAUGGUACAACAUCGUAUCACAACAACUCUGGAGUUGGUAAUGGUGAUAGUAAUUAUACAAAUAACAAGGAUGCUGGAAAUCUCAAUCAACAUGUAUAUAAACUUAUCUUACAAGAUAAGAAGGGGAAUCUAUUUUAUGCAAUCAACCUGGAUCCAAUUCCAGCUCUUAAGACCUGUUUCUUGGGUUCCAAAUUGAUCAUCCUUCCUGGCGCUAAGUUCAAUAGGGGCAUGUUUACUUUCAAUAAUAGUACGGUUAAACUGAUGUAUGGACUUAUACAGCAAUGGAACGACGGUAAACUACAGAAAGUCACUGAGUAUUUACAGAAUGAACUAGAUUCACAAAAUCCUACUUUGAAUGCCAAUGGGAAACGUAAUUCGUAG